CCUCGGCCCGGAAUGCCCCUCGGCUCGCCCUGGGCUCACGUCCCGAUCCCGGCUUGAGUGGCCCAGGGUGGGUGACCUGAAGUUGUAGCCUCGCUGCUCUCGAGGCGGAUUAAUUAGCCCAAGAAACACUAUAUUCAUGCUUAGGUGGAGAAAAGCAGGGCUAGAAUUGGAAUCCAAAGCCCAGGAUGGCAGGAGAGGAUGUGGGGGCUCCACCCGAUCACCUCUGGGUUCACCAAGAGGGUAUCUACCGCGACGAAUACCAGCGCACGUGGGUGGCCGUCCUGGAAGAGGAGACGAGUUUCCUAAGGGCACGAGUUCAGCAAGUUCAGGUUCCUUUAGGUGACGCAGCCAGGCCAAGUCACCUUCUCACCUCCCAGCUACCUCUCAUGUGGCAACUCUACCCUGAGGAGCGCUACAUGGAUAACAACUCUCGCUUGUGGCAGAUCCAGCAUCAUUUAAUGGUCAGGGGAGUACAGGAGCUGUUGCUUAAGCUUUUGCCUGAUGAUUAAUCUGGUGCUGGGAUUCUAGGAAGAUAUGCUCCUCUGUUCUGUUCAGUAUAUGGCAAUCACAUCAUCCAUCACUGCAGUGCACCCACCUGUGGGCCUGGGGGGAGGGAGUGGGUUGAAAAACUGCUCAAGAACCCAGAAGUAU